CAUUAGGAUUGUUUCUUUUUUACGAUAUGUGUCAUGUAGUUAUUAUUGAGUAGAGCAGGUUAUUGAAGGUAUACAAUACCAAGUAAGUUUUGUACGCACCUACUCUACUAAUACUACUAUAUACCAGUAUGAAAAAGCGUCUGCAUGCGUUGAGUAUUAGUAAAGAAUUAAUUUUUAAUGAGCGGUUCCAUUUUAACCUUUCAUAGGAGGCAAUUUACUGCGGUAUUGUGGCUGUUCUACUUUGUACUGCCGGAGCAUUCAUGAUUCCGUACACCGAUAUUGAUAACGUUCAAGGCGUUUGCACGGUAGUAACCUUUAUUAACCCACUGAGGGAGACUCCGUCAGGAUAGUCAGGCUAUGGACGCCUUCGUACUAUCGGGAGUGUACGCGUGAGCCAGCACUAUAUCGUCAGGCAGUACUAUUGUUUAGAGCCAUUCUCACUGUUAUACGGCAUUGCGAGCCAUAGCACGGCAGCGUAUGUGCUUGUACGAGUUUACUCGUGCUACAUCGCCAAAACAUCCCAGGAAGCCGGCGCUGCCGCCACCAUGGCGGAGGCGAAGAAAAACCAUAAGCACGGAUAUUUACGCGAUAAUUUUAAUUUCUCUGCUUUGGUUUUUGAAACAAUGGGUGUGUGGGGUAAAGAAUCGAAAUGUAAGAUGUCUACACUCGGUAAGAUGCUUUUUGAGAGGACACAGGAGAAACGGUCCACUCAGUUUCUGAAGCAGAGAAUCAGUGUUGCUUUAAUGCGAGGUAACGCUGCUUGUGUUCAGGAAACGUUUUGUAUCGGUAAGAGACUGGACGAAGUGUAUUAUGUGUUGAAAUGAUGAACUGCGUAAUUUGCUUUUAACCUACAGUAUGUUAAUGUGAAUAACCCAAUUAAAAAUGCACUCGUGCAGUGCACUACGUACAACUCGUACAUCAGCCACUCUCACUUCAGGCAUAGUACUUUGCAGGUAGCCAGCACAGACUUCACAGUCUGCACAGUCAUUACGAUAUUCGGUGAUUUCCAUGCUUGGCAUUCCUACCUGUGUCAUAGGAUGAUGUUUAUGUUGUGAUUUAUAUAUUUAUGAGCCAUAAAUAUUGAUAUUUACGUCUUCCCAGUGCGUUUUCCCUAUUUCCGGUAGAGUCGUAGGCUCUAGGCCCCUUACGUAGUGUACGGCCUAGAUCGCAUGGUAGCAGAGAUCGUGUCGGUUCUCGGAAGAGCAGCGUGUGGAGUCCUCCCUCUGGAUUCUGCGCGUUUUCGUCCCAGUCGACAGUAACACCGAAGCGAGGAGCAGCACCUGGUGCGCGAAAGACUGCUAAAACCAGUCACCAGGUUUUUCAAGGAUCAGCCCAACAACGGAUUGAAGCUUUCUAUUGGUUAGCCAUGUGUGCAUAUGGAGCGGAUGCCUUUUUCAAAUUCAAGUCCUGGCGAACUGGGCAAGCUGCACCAGUCGCAUCAUAUUGACUAGGGAUGAUUGAAAAAUUGCCCUGGACGGAGACGCCAAUCAUAGUAACCGGAGUACAACCUUACUUUGACAUACAUGUGUGCACAGCGAUCGCAUUUGUUCUUGGUGUCACCACAUGGUCAUCACAAUAGCAGUAUGUGAUAUAUUUCGGUGCAACCUAUAUUUACAAAUCAGCCUUGGGGAUGCAAGUUACUAUUGCGAUCGUUUGCAUUACCACGCUUGUACUUCUCAUAAUGCAUCUGUUUCACAUCAUGGAAGCAUUUUGUACACUUCCCUGGAUUAAAAUCGAAACGGUAUAUUACAUAUUUGCCGUACUCUGUUCGCUGUCCUCUGGAGCAGUUAUGAUACCAUAUGCCAACGAAAGAGAUGCCAGCAGAGGGAUGUGUGUGUUUUUCUGCUGGACAGCGAUGAUUGCGUAUAUCGUAGAUGCCCUCCUUACCAAGAACGAAUACAGAACGUUUCGUACAGAAGCCAUCAACCAGCCCAAGUAUAUCAAGCCGCUGUCCGAAAUCUUGAAACUUAUUGAAUUGGGAUUUAUGCUGGCCGGGUCCAUUCUGGCGACGUUUGCCUGGAACAGCGAAAGGUGGCCUUACUCGCACUUUUAUUGGAUGAAUUCUGCUUAUUGGAUGAUUUUCAUCACGAUUAUUGGGUCCAUCAUUACGUUAUCAUUAUUGCUUUUAGAGCCACCGCUUCAAGUUGAGUGGCUGGUUGUGGAAGAGAUUUUCUGCAUCAGUGGGGCGAUUCUCUUUUGUGCUGCCGGGAGUGCCCUGAUACCUGAUUCCGUCGGUGAUAUCUAUCAUGGAGCUUGUAUGUGGUUCUGCUGGUUAGCCAUGAUGACGUACGGAGUGGAUACGUUCUUCAAAUCUACGCUACUUUUUUCUCGGAUUGAAACACUGAGAUUCCCGGACACACUGAAUAAAUCUGGUCUCACUGUCGCUGCAGUUGAGCCUCCUUUUUAUAAACAGUACUUCAAGACGAUUUCCAGAAUCAUGAAGAUCCUUGAACUAGUAUUUAUGCUGAUUGCGCUCAUUCUGGCAGCGACUAGCUGGAAUUCAGACUGGAUUCAAAAACACUCGUGCCACAGCUGUACUAGUAUACAAACUGCUGCAUGGACACAAUUCGUCACAAUUACGGGAUUUAUCAUUACACUCACCCUGUUAUUUCUGGAUUUAUUCCACUUAUUUAGUCCACUUCGCCAAGUUAAGUUGUUGUUCAUAGAGGUGAUAUACUGCGGUAUUGUGUCUAUUCUGCUAAUCACGGCCGGAGCUGUUAUGAUUGCUUAUACCAAAAUUGACGACACUGGUGGAGUCUGCACGAAAUCCUGAGUGAGACUGGUGACAGAAACAUAUUUUUUCAUGCUGUACGAAUAUUUGCAAGCAAUAAGGGCUCACAGCUACCUAUACCGGGCCUUUUGCUGGUUGCGUUUGCUUUGGCGACGAAAGUGUGGACCACUGAAAAAGGGGGAUACUGGUGGCCUUGCGGGCAGAGUUACUGCAAAAAUACCAUUUAUUGGGCGUUUUCCGUCACCCUUAUUGGAUACAUCAUUACGUUCAUAUUACUCUUUCUACAUUUGUCCCAUUUAAUUAGCCACUGCAACAAAUUAAAUGGCUAUUUAUGGAAAUUACAAAGUAUUUCUGCUACACUGUGGCGAUUCUGCUUUGUUUUGCCGGCGCUAUCUUGGUUCCUUACGCCAACGGUGAUACCGUUCGGGGAGCUUGUACGGGUUUCUGCUGGUUAGCUAUGAUGACGUUUGGAGUGGAUGCGAUUUAUAAAUCCGCGCUAUUUUUUUCUGCGAUUGGAAAACUGAUUUGCCCCGAAAUGCUGCUUAAAUCUCCAAGAGCUGCUGAAGUUAAACCUUACGUUGACAGACAAGUACGAUAAUAUACUACAUCGCUACGGUAAGCUUUUUUACCGUUCCGGUGUCCUUCGUUCUCCCUAUACUCCUAUAAUACUUUGUAUAUUUACAGAUGUAGCGUAUGUAAGUACUCGUACAAAGGUUGUACGAGUAUCUCGUGAAAUGGAUAAUGGCCUAUGGCUAAUGUGCCGUAGCAACGGCAUUGUUGUUGUCCGUUAUUGUUGCCAUGUUUAGUGUUUAGUUGGUUGUUUGCUGCUGUCCCGAGCGGACAUAAUAAAAGAUUAUGCCGUUCGUUUCAUACAUGACAACAGAAGUUGGUGCGUUAUAUCUUUUUGUGCGACUUAAUUCAAUGACAGUAUACUUUUAAUAUUUCAAGACGUUUUCCGGAAUGAUGAACAAUAUUGAACUGGUCCUUAUAUUGGUUGCUUUCCUUUUGGUGGCGCUUGCAGUAACUUCAAGCUGGGAAUGCUACAUCUGCCAUUACUGCAUAAGAUCUGCAGAAUGGACAAAAUUUGUCACAAUUACGGGAUUUAUCAUUACGUUUAUAUUGUUGUUCCUGCAUUUAUCCCGCGUAAUAGAUCCACUAUGCCAGGUUAACUGGUUGUUUGCAGUGAGUGAUUUCAUUAUCUACAGCAUACGACAUCAGCCUGAAUUACGUACGGAAAUUGUGUUGCAAACACAGUUUGGUACGUAAAUUGUGUUGCAAACACAUCAACCUUUUCGCCGAUUAGGAGGGGCUUUACAGCUGUAUUGUGUCUAUUCUCCUUAUCACUGCCGGAGCUGUCAUGAUCCCUUACGCCGAUAUGGAUGGCGUUCGUGGAGCUUGCACGUUUUUCUGCUGGUCAGCGACGCUCGCGUACGGAGCGGAUGCAGUCUUCAAGUUAAAAUCCUGGCGUAUUAAGCAAACUGAACAAGGUCGACACGUUGGCAAAUACUAGCAAUUCGAAGGAUGAACAGCUCCAGGUCCAUACUUUUGUUCCCGAUGCUAGUGCAGUCAAGUAUUUUUGCGUAUAAACAGCGCUCGAGAUAGAUAUAAUAAUUCUGGAAAAGGACAGAUGCUUCUUUGAAAAGCGUUUUGGAAGUCAAAACCUAGGAAAGCAAAAAAUUUUCAUGGUUUUCACGCGUUUGAAUGUGUUUACGACUGUUCAAGUAUAAAUACCCUUAUG